AUGAGCGACAAGAAGACUCCGUACCAGGGGGAGGGGAGGUGUUUUGGAGAAUACCAGUGUUCCAAAUGUAGCAGGAGGUGGAUGAGCGGAAACUCCUGGGCGAAUAUGGGACAGGAGUGCAGCCGCUGUAAGAUCAUGGUCUAUGCUCACACACAGCGUCCUUUGGAGAUGCGAGAUGGCUUUAAUCAGGACCUAAACAAACCGCACCCUCAGGAGCUGUGUGAGAAGUGCAAGAGUCCUUCCCCUUUUAACUCCACCACUGCCGCUGCCUGUUCUGCUCUGUGCACUACUCUUCCUGAUCCUGACGCCUUCUCUAACAACUUUGACAUGAGUUACCCAGGAUACCCCCCAGCAGGUGGAUACCCUGCUCAGGGCGGAGGAUACCCCCCUCAAGGCGGAGGAUACCCCCCUCAGGGCGGAGGAUACCCAGGAGGAGCCUACCCUCCUCAGGCAGGAGGCUACCCGCCUGCCCCUGGGGGAUACCCCCCCGCUCCUGGGGGUUACCCGCCACAGGCCGGCGGAUACCCCCCUGCUGCCGGCGGAUACCCCCCUGCUGCCGGUGGAUACCCCCCUGCUGCCGGCGGAUACCCCCCUCAGGCAGGAGGAUUCCCCCCACAGCCUGCAGCGGGAGGAUACCCCCCACAGCCCGGUGCAGGAGGAUACCCUGCCAUGCCGCCUGCAGGUGGAGGCUGGGGUUCAGCUCCAGGUGGAUACGGAGCGCCAGGAGGAGCACCACAGGGCUACCCCGCCGGCCCUGCCCCUGGACAGCCCAUGCCCAACUACCCAGCAGCCCCUGGACCCUCCAACCCGGGCUAUGGCGGAGGACAACCCCAUCCACAAGCUCCUGCUAUUCCUAAAGGAUACAGAGGCUCCAUCAAAGAUUUCCCAGGAGCAGAUCCACUCAGGGACGUGGAGGUGCUCCGGAAGGCCAUGAAAGGAUUUGGCACGGAUGAGAACGCCAUAAUCGAGCUCCUUGGGAACAGAACCAACAAACAGCGAGUUCCGAUGGUGGCUGCGUACAAAACCACUUAUGGAAAGGAUUUAAUGCGUGACUUGAAAUCGGAGCUGACGGGAAACCUCGAAAACCUGGUUCUGGCGAUGCUGAUGACUCCAUCUCAGUUUGACGCGGCCGAACUCCGAGAAGCCAUCAAGGGCGCUGGGACCGACGAGGCUUGUCUCAUCGAAAUCCUGUCGUCUCGAUCCAACGCUGAGAUUGAUGAAAUCAACAGGAUCUACAAGUCUGAAUACGGGAAGAAACUGGAGGACGCUAUCAUCAGCGACACGUCCGGUCACUUCCGCCGCCUGCUGGUGUCUCUUAGUCAGGGAAACCGAGAUGAGAGAGAGCAGGUCGACGUCUCUUUGGCCAAACAGGACGCUCAGAAACUGUACACCGCAGGAGAGAACAAAGUUGGAACCGACGAGUCUCAAUUUAACGCCAUCCUGUGCGCCCGGAGCAAGCCCCACCUCAGGGCAGUGUUCCAUGAGUACCAGCAGAUGUGCGGCAGAGAUAUCGAGAAGAGCAUCUGUAGAGAGAUGUCUGGGAACGUGGAGGACGGCAUGGUGUCUGUGGUGAAAUGCAUCAAGAACACUCCAGUAUACUUCGCUGAGAGGCUGCACAAGGCCAUGGCGGGCGCUGGCACCAAGGAUCGGACCCUGAUCCGGAUCAUGGUCUCCCGCUCUGAGGUGGACAUGCUGGACAUCAGACAGGAGUAUCUGAAGCACUACGGGAAGUCUCUCUUCACCCACAUCUCUGGAGACGCAUCCGGAGACUACAAGAAGCUGCUGCUGAAACUGUGUGGAGGAAACGACUAA